AUGUUGCACACAGCGGCUUUUGUCGCCCUCCUGGCGGCGGUCCCCUCGUUUAUCGUUCCAGUCACGGCAUCCUCGAAGCGCGGCCUCGUAUUCACGCCAAACGCGACCAGCCGCGCCGACGAUGACAUCUGGGUCAAGAAGCCGACGACCCUGACGUGGUACUACAACUACAAGUCGGACCCCGAGCCCACCUAUGCCGACAUCCCCCAGUCCGAGUUCGAGUUUGUGCCCAUGCUGUGGGGUGCCCCGCCAACCCUCGACGACACUUCGUUCCUGUCCAACGUGACGAGCCUGAUGGACAAGGGCGUCAACAUCACCAAUGUGCUCUCGUUCAACGAGCCCGACGGCCCGUUUGCAUGGGGAGGCAGCAACAUGCAGCCGUCCGCCGCGGCCAAGGUCUGGGUCAAGAACAUGAUUCCCCUGCAGGAGAAAGGUGUCCGCGUCGGGCUGCCGGCCUGCACCGGAGGGUCUACGGGGUUGCCCUGGCUGCGGAAUUUCCUGAGCGAGUGCUCCAAGCUCAUCAGCACCGAUGAGGAGACGCGCAACUGCACCUACGACUUCGUGACGAUCCAUUGGUACGGCAACUUUGAGGGGCUAGCGAGCCACAUGGGACAGUACUCGGCAGCGUUCCCUAACAAAACCAUGUGGAUCACCGAGUACAACCUCGCCAACGAGGACCUGGCGGCCACGCAGUCCUUCUACAACAUGUCGGCCGAGUACUUUGACCGCCUCGACUUUGUUGGGCGCUACUCGCUGUUCGGCGCCUUCCGAAGCGACGUGUCCAACGUCGGACCCAACGGAGCCAUGCUCAGUAACAAUGGCAGCCUUACCGACAUUGGUGCCUGGUACCUUGGCCGGCCGGCAACCGGCAUUAAGCCCACACAGGGGUCGUCGGGGUCGUCGGGUUUCCGGUCGCUUCCGCAGGGCGGGCUGGCCGUGCUCACCGCGCUGCUGGCUGUUGCGGCAUUCCUUUGA